AUGGAUAUAUGUAAUGUUUACUCCCCUUGUUGUAUUACUCUUAAACGUGUCCUGUGGAGAAGUCUGAUAGAGCUGAAUUAUAGGUUCAAUGAUGGUGAAUGGUUGACGGGUGGAGAUUUCAACGCGGUUAAAAAUGGGAGGGAGAGGAAAGGAAGGUCGACGGAGGGAAACAAUGCGGAUUGGGAUGAAUUUUCUGGUUUCAUAAACGACACAAGAUUGGAGGACGUGGCUUGCAAAGGCAAGCCACUCAGUUGGUUUAGUAGUGAUGGUAGAACCAAAAGUCGCAUUGAUCGUUUCUUGAUGGCUAAGAAGAUUGUGGAUUGGUGGGGGGUUAUUGGGCAACAAUUAGGUGAAAGGGACAUAUCAAAUCAUUGUCCAAUUUGGAUCGUCGCGGAUAAGAAGGAUUGGGGACCAAAGCCGUUUAAGUUUAAUAAUGAGUGGUUUCAGAAUAAGGAUUUCAUGGGUUUUGUAGAGAAAGAGUGGAAGGAGAUGGAGGUUUACAGCCGAGGGGAUUUUGUGUUGAAGGAAAAAAUGAGGAUUUUGAAAAGUAAACUAAGAUGGUGGUAUGUAAACGUUUUUGGAAAGAUUGAUAUGGAGGUGGAAGACGGCGUAAAGGAGAUUAACGAUUUAGACAAUCUUUCAUCGGAUGUUGAGGAGGAAGAGGAUGCAAGAAGAAAGGCGAAUAGGAAAUUAUGGUUGAAUCUAAAAAUUAGGGAGAACAUGUUAAUUCAAAAAGCAAGAUUGAAGUGGCUUACCGACGGGGACGAUAAUAGUAAGUUCUUUCACGCGAUUAUGAAAAGCGGCAUAAGGCGUAAUUUUCUUGGUCCUUUUUCUUCUCCAAGAGGGAUGAUUAGUGAAAUGGAGGACGUAAAGGAUAUGGUUUUUGAUCACUUCGAAGACAAAUUCAAAGAGAUGGAUGCGAUUAGACCAUUUCUUGAAGGAGAUUUGUUCAAUUCUUUAAGUGAGGAAGACACGUGUUCUCUUGAAUCACCUUUUAAAGAAGUUGAAAUCAAAGAAGCGGUGUGGAAUUGA